AUGAGUCAGAUUCAAGACCGAGAAAAAAGUUCAGACAAGAAGAAUGUUUGUGAAUUAAGAUUCUAUGAUGAAGAAAAGCUUAAAUUUGAACUUGAAAGAGAUUCUGGAAUUCAAUUAGAUAAAUGGGCAGCAACAACAUGCGGACUUCAUGACAGUGAGGCGAAGUUGGAAGGGACUGAAACCCAACGAAAGAAGACGUUAUUGGCUUGAAAAGAGGCAUUGGAAGCUUUGGACGAGGAAAGACACAAAGUACGAUUAAUCUUAAGA